AUAAAAGAGAAAUUCAGCUCUUCGAUGUGACACUUUCUCCCAGAGAAGACACUAUCUCCCAGAGAAGACACAUUCUCCCAGAGAAGACACAUUCUCCCAGAGAAGACACUUUCUCCCAGAGAAGACACAUUCUCCCAGAGAAGACACAUUCUCCCAGAGAAGACACUUUCUCCCAGAGAAGACACAUUCUCCCAGAGAAGACACAUUCUCCCAGAGAAGACACAUUCUCCCAGAGAAGACACAAUCUCCCAGAGAAGAAACUCCAGAACAGAGGAAGAACUCAACAUCGCAGACACUUGUCUCCAACGACACAAAAUGGCUUCUGAAUACAUCACAGAAAUUCAAAUCUCCACUAGCCCUGCAAGGGAGCAACAGCUUCAUGACCAAGAAUAUAACAAGAUAAAUGUCAACCUCAACAAAGGCACUUCAUCCACCGUUACAGUUUACAUGUGGUACAAAAAGGGCAAUGGUGAACCCAUCACCAGAGUCCAGUUUUCAUUCACCGAUGAAAUGAAAGAUGUCCUGAAAAAAGCAGGGUUCACUGAGCUCCCAGAAAACCUCAACUCUGGAACACAAGGAUACGUCAUCCAGCUGUGGUACUCUAUUGUUGCACACCCUAUGUAUGACAUUCCCAUUGAAGAUCUCUUCCUCACCACUAAUGAGAAGGAAGAGGCCAACCAAUUCAAGCUCGGCUGGGAAAGGCUACCAUGCAAUCUGAACCUCGGUAACUCAGGAGAUUUCAUCACCCUCUGGUUGAAGAGAAAGAGGAAGACCUACAUCUGUGACGUUGCUGCCACCACAUCAUUCCAACAACACAUUCAACUUUUCAACGAGGGCUACAUCCGGCUGGAUGAAGAUCUCAAUAGAGGUUCUGAAGGAAAACCCAUCUUCCUCUGGUACCGUCAAUCCACCGAAACGGGCGGCGGGCUCACCAAGAUGAAUGCAUCCAUCAACCAUGCUGACGAUUCCAGCCUAGUGAAGCAAGGUUUCACCGUGGUUGAUGGUAACCUCAAUGAGGGAACAUGCGGUCAGCCAGUGUAUGUCUGGUUCAAGAAAGAUGGAUCUCUCCCUAUCAAGGCCUUGACCGUUACAUCCAACCCUGAUGUAACUGGCCCUUAUGACGAGGCCGGCUUGAUCCUCAUCGAUAAAAAUCUGAAUGCUGGCAACAGUGGUGUGGUCCUCUACCUCUGGUAUGGCAAAUAAAAACCUGAGUUGGAGAGGCAGAAUCAGCCCCAAAAUUUGGCCAGAUAUUAGCUUUUUCAUGGCAAUAUAUCAGUUUAAUUUUUAAAUAUUUUUCUGACACUCAAUGUUAUCUUCUAUGUCAUAAAGUCAGAGAUCAUUUAGAAAGUUUUCUUUAAUGUUGUUUUCAAUCAAUUAACAAUUGAAUUAUAUAAAUGAUAUUUUAGCAGCAGUCGUCUGAAUAUACCAAGGGGUUGUAACGUUUUAUAUUGCAUUGUGUUAGUCAGAUAUUAUUUUGAAAAAACCUGAGUAAAGUAAUACAAUUAAAAUGAUUCCUGUGUAACACUGAUCAUUCUGUUAAUCAAUAAAGAAAGCAUAGCAAAUGAGAA